AUGGAUAACAGAAGCGCGGGACUGCUUGAAGAUGCCAACACAUCUCUUCAGAGUGAGCUUCCCUCCUGUCAUACACUGAGGAACCAGGCCUCUCAAAUUUUCCUGUAUGCCUUCCUUUCUGUUGGCAUUGUCUGCACAGUGGUGGGCAACUUUCUUGUGGUCCUGUCCAUUGCGUACUUCAAGCAGUUGCAGUCACCCACAAACUCCUUUGUCAUGUCCCUGGCAGUGGCUGACUGCCUUGUUGGACUGGUGGUGAUGCCUUAUAGUAUGAUUCGGACUGUAGAGGGAUGUUGGUACUUUGGUGUCCUUUUUUGUGGGCUUCACUCCAGCUUGGAUGUCAUGCUGUGCACAGCAUCCAUAUUCCAUCUCAGCUGUAUCGCCUUUGACCGCUACUAUGCUGUCUGCAACCCCCUUGUGUACUCUUUAAAGAUGUCUCGCAAUAAUGUUGCUCUCCUAAUUGUAGUCUGUUGGGCUGUUCCCAUGCUUAUUUCCUUUGGCCCUAUCAUGCUUAAUCUCCAUAUUGCAGGUGUCAACAUUGUGCUCCCUAAUGAUGUAUGUGUGUUCUUGGUUAAUCGAGUUUACGCUGUCAUGGCUUCCUUGGUAGCUUUUCAUUUACCAAUGGUUAUCAUGCUAAUAGCCUACUGGAAGAUCUUCAAAGCAGCCAAACGGCAGGCCAUGCAGAUCAGCGCAAUGGAAAGCCAGAUGGCUGGUGGAGUGGGCAAAGACUCGAGUAAGAAACAAAGACACCGAAACACCAUAAAGAGGGAAAAGAAGGCAGCAAAAACUUUGGGUAUCAUCAUGGGAGUUUUCCUUCUCUUCUGGAUGCCCUUCUUUACUGUCAACAUUGUUGACCCCUUCAUUGACUACAGCACAGAGGUGAUUGUCUGGGACAUAUUUUUGUGGCUGGGAUACAUCAACUCAUCUCUGAACCCCUUUCUGUAUGCUUUCUUCAACCGCUCCUUCCGUCGGGCUUUUCUCAUGUUCAUAGGCUGCAGGGUCUGCCUACCUGGAUCCUCCCCUGGGAUGGAGCUGUCACAGACCAGGAAGGAGAAAAAUGAACGUGCAGAUAAAUGA